AUCAAACCAGGCCUCUCAAAGAUGGACAUAAACUAAAGGGGUCAGGAGUUUCUGUCCGUAAGGACUUUCCCCGCGCAGACCGUGUAAAAAGACGAGGAGCCGGAAAAGAACUAAAACUUAGGUUAGACGCUGGCGAAGGGGACCUCAAAAUUGUAAGUUUUCGGGCUAAGGUCUCGAAAAAGAAUGAUGACGAAGCCACCCUUAGUGCAGCAUAAAGCCAUUUAAAUAGGCUUUGGGUGUUACACGCAUAAAUCAAAAGUCCUAGUGGCGAUUGACCUGAUCAGUGCAAUGCAUAGGAAUCAUAAUCUAUCAAUGCAGUUGGUGUAGUAAAGUGAGAACUACGUUGGAAAUCAGUUUCUGUGCAAUUGGUUUAGCUCACGGUGAAUGGUCUUCUGCCGGUCUCUAUAGUAUUAGACAGAAAGCUUUAGUCCUUUGAAAUUACUGGUUGAUGUACAUACGUUCCGGGUGUACGUUGUGAUUGACUGAUUUAUUAAUUUUACUUUAUUGUAGGACAGUUAUAAUAGAAAUGGAUCUUUCAGUUCAGAAUAAAGUGAUCAAGCAUUUAGAAGAAAUAGAAGAAGCUGGUGAAAUGGUAUUAGCUAAGCAACAAGAAUGCAUAGUUUACGACAGGAAUCGGCAAAAAUCACGUGAAGCUGUGCGAAAGUUAAUGCAAUUGGAUUCAGAAAAUAAACAGUGGGCGUGCUUAUCUGACCAGUUCUUUCUGUUUCCAUCUGUUGGAUUAAGGAAAGCAAUUGAGGAGGAUAUUAAAGUUUACGAUUCUGAAAUCCAGAAAUUAAAUCACCAAUUAAAGGAAGAUAUUAAUUGGUUACAUGAACUUGAAGGUAAAGAACCCCUCAAAGGAUUUGACUUGUUGCCACUACAAAAUUAAAAAAACAUGAUACUUAACAUGUGUACAAAUCAAAAUAAAAGUGUAUAUCUUUCUGCUUCAUUUUUCUUCAUUUUUUUUGCUUUGAGUGGUAAACUAGCCUCUGUUAACCUAUUGUUCACUCAAUUUCAGAUGACUAAUCUACUAACUUCUGGUCAUAGACGUUAUAACCCACUAUUAGAUGAAUGGAUUAUUGUUUCUCCACAUCGAAUUCAACGUCCUUGGGGAGGACAAAUGGAAUCUGAUAAUCAUAAACCCACAGAAGUAACUGACGUUUCUGUAAAAUGUACCAAAAAUCCAUUAUUACCCGGUUCCGUUCGUGCAAGUGGCUUAAUCACACCUAAUUAUCAAUCUGUUUACACAUUUCACAAUGAC